CACUGGAGGGUGUUGUUUGUUUGGUUAGUUCCGCGUGCUCGUGCCUGGUCGUCAUUAAGCACAUCUGUGUGCGUGCGCAUGAUGGGUCUGAACGUCCCGGGUCUGGUGGUGAUGGUCCUCUUCUACCUGCUGGUGUUGGGGACCGGGAUCUGGGCCUCGAUGAAGUCCAGGCGAGUACUGAAGAGCGGUGAGGCAGACCGGACCGAGAUCACUCUGCUGGGGAACAGAGGGAUCAGUCUGGCCGUGGGGGUUUUCACCAUGACAGCGACGUUUGUCGGAGGAGGUUACAUUGUUGGUCUAACAGAGGCUGUGUACACCCCGACCAUGGGACUAACCUGGGCUGUCAUGCCAGUAACUGCAGCCCUGUCUUUUAUUAUUGGUGGAGUUUUUUUCGCCAAGACAAUGAGAGACAGAAAAUAUUUGACGAUGAUGGACCCAUUUCAGAUCAAGUAUGGAAAUGUAAUCAGUGGAUUUCUGUCGAUGGCAUUGCUGAUGUCUGAUAUAAUCUGGGUUACUGGAACUCUUAUCGGCUUAGGUGCAACAAUGAGUGUGAUCCUGGAUUUGUCUUAUACACUUUGCAUUUGGAUCUCUGCUGCAGUCGCCAUCAUCUACACACUCCUCGGAGGCCUCUACUCUGUGGCCUACACAGAUGUUAUACAGUUAAUUCUUAUAUUCUUCAGUUUGUGGCUGUGUGUCCCUUUCAUCCUGAUGAAUCCACAUUCAGUUGAUAUCACAAAGUCUGCCUUUAACUUUACCUACCAGGCCCCUUGGGUCGGUACAGUGGACAGCGACAGAGCAGGGACGUGGAUUGAUAAUUUCUUAAUACUGGCUCUCGGUAACCUGGGUUAUCAGGACUUCCAUCAGAGGACCCUCUCAGCCUCCUCAUCAUCCACAGCAAGGAUCACCUGCUUCAUUGCAGCUCCAACCAUCUUCAUAAUGGGAAUCCCUUCUGUGUUGAUUGGAGCAGUUGCAGCAUCAACAGACUGGAACAUGACCUCGUAUGGCUCCCUGUCCCCUUAUGACCGUGGAGAAGCAGGUCAGGUCCUGCCCAUUGCUUUAGAGUACCUCACUCCAAAGUACAUCUCUGUCAUUGGUAUUGGAGCCAUAGCUGCUGCUGUGAUGUCUUCAACGGACUCGGCUCUGUUAUCAGCUGCCUCCAUCUUCUCUACCAACAUCUAUAAGAACAUCCUGAGGACUAAAGCUUCAGAGAGAGAGCUCCAGUGGGUGAUCCGUAUCACUGUGGUGUUAGUGGGCAUGGCUGGCACAUCGCUCACCUUUCUACACAACAGCAUCAUGGUUUUCUGGAUCCUGGGCUCAGGCAUAACCUAUACCAUCAUGUUCCCACAACUGAUCUGCGUCCUCUUCUUUAAAGUCUCCAAUGGUUACGGUGCCAUCAUGGGUUUGUUGGUUGGGGGGUUGUUGAGAGUACUGAGUGGGGAGCCAUCGCUUGGUUUGCCUGUUAUCCUCCAUUUCCCAGGGUGCACUAGUGUGGACGGCGUGUAUGUCCAGCGUGCUCCCAUUCAGACGAUCUGCAUGCUGUCCACCGUAUUCACCACUUUGUUGAUCUCAUACUUGGCUUCACUGCUGUUUAACACAGGACUGAUUCCUGAAAGGUGGGAUGUUUUCAAAGUGAAAACCAACGAAGCGCCACAGAGACUGUUAUUAAGAAGAAAUGAUGUUAAUAAGAGAACAGAGGAGGAAGAAGAGAACCCUGAAGAGCACACAGAAACAAUGUUGACAAAUCAGCUGGACUGAAAGAGGAAUCACUGAUAUAUAAAUAUUUUGUAUUGUAACUACAUGAUCAUAUGUCUAAUUUUACUAAAUCUUGGUCAUAGGGUGGGGAUGGGA